AUCAACUUCAUUGACUACGAAAAGGCAUUUGAUAGCGUGGACAGAACAACACUACGGAAGCUUCUUCGAUACUACGGCGCGCCGCAGAAGAUAGUCAAUAUCAUACAGAACUCAUAUGAUGGAGUAAACUGCAAAAUUGUGCAUGCAGGACAAUUGACAGACUUGUUCGAGAUAAAGACCGGUGUCAGGAAAGGUUGCUUACUCUCACCCUUUCUCUUUCUCCUGGUGACCGACUGGAUCAUGAAGACGUCAACAUAUGAAGGGAAACGUGGGAUACAGUGGACAUCUAGGAUGUGGAUGGACGAUCUAGACUUCGCAGAUGAUCUGGCUCUUCUAUCGCACACACAACAACAAAUGCAGGAGGAGACGACCAGUGUGGCAGCAGCCUCAGCAGCAGCAGCAGCAGCAGCAGUAGGUCUCAAUAUGCACAAAGGGAAAAGCAAGAUUCUCCGAUACAACACAGAAUGCACCAAUCCAAUCACACUUGACGGAGAAGAUUUGGAAGAUGCAAAAACCUUUACAUAUUUGGGCAGCAUCAUUGAUGAACAUGAUGGAUCUGAUGCGGAUGUGAAAGCGUGGAUCGGAAAAACAAGAGCAGCACAUCUACAACUGAAGGACAUCUGGAACUCAAAGCAACUCUCUGUCAACCAACACUAAGGUCAGGAUUUUCAAUACAAAUGUCAAGACAGUUCUACUGUAUGGGGCAGAAACCUGGACAACCACGAAAGCCAUCAUCCAGAAGAUACAGGUGUUUAUUAACAGUUGUCUAUGUAAAAUACUUCGGAUCCGUUGACCAGACACUAUUAGCAACAACCAACUGUGGGAAAGAACAAACCAGAUCCCAGCGGAGGAAGAAAUUAGGAAGAAGCACUGGAAGUGGAUGGGACACACAUUGAGAGAAGCACUCAACUGCGUCACAAGACAAGCCCUCACACGGACUCCUCAAGGCGAAAGGAAAAGAGGAACACCAAAGAACACAUUACUUCGAGAAAUGGAGAUAGACAUGAGAGAAAUGAACAGGAAUUGGAUGGAACUAGAAAAGAAGGCCCAGGACAGAGUGGGUUGUAGAAUACUGGUCGGCGGUCUAUGCACCAUUAGGAGUAACAGGCGUGAGUAAUUAAGUAAGUAGUUAAUUAAUUAGCCUGCCAUUUCAGCUGAGAAAAAGCAUAUUGAAAGGACAGCUUGAUAAUUAUUUCAUUCUAACCUUAAAUGUUCAGUAGCCUGUAACAACCUCUGAUCCUACAAAGGACUAGACUACACGAAAUAUUUAAGUCAUACGACAAAUGUGACCAUUUGAACUGAAAAGUGAAAAGUAUAACUAAUUGUUACUUUGAUGAUGAUGCUUCUUGUAAUAACUUGUAUGAUGUAAAUGUGGUGUUCAGGGGACAUCUGUUUCCGUUAUGGAGGCUGAUAAAAGAUUAUCACUAGUAAAUAGUGUGUGAUUGGAAAAAAAUACAUGGGUCACCGUCUUUAAAUCUAUAUUAUUAGCUGGUUUAUUAAGUGGGGAUUUUAUUUGUUCAUAUGAGAGUCAGAUAAUUCGUGUUUCCAGUUAAUUAUGCUAUUUGAUUAGUUAAAAUGAAUUAAAUGUGAAUGGAAGUUGAACUUUCAACCUGAAAUCUGACGGUGGGAUAUUUUUAACAACGUAAUACUUGUAAACCUCUUAUCUCUACAGGUUAGUCAUAAUUUAGAAUGGCUCAGAAUUAACACAAGUUCGAAACACAGACAGGUCUUGUUGAAGAGUUCCAAUUAGGAUGAAAGUAGAAUCAAGAGGUCCCUGCUAAGUGACUUUAGCCACUGGACAUCAUUUAAAGCUAUACAAAUAAUUUUUCGAAAUUCCCCAUGGCCUACACACAUAAGAGUUACGGAUUCAACUGAAAAAGAAACAUCUAUAUUGGUUGUAUUUGCCUAACAUGAAAUAAAUACAUUACAAGAACACCGGAAAAAAGUCCAUAAAAACACUAAGGAAUGAUGUUGAGUUAAGUUUAUAUUUUAGUAAAUCACUCGAAAGCUCAUUCUUUAGACUUCCUGUUGGUUGAUAUUCGCCGAAAAUGCCUAUUUGUAGUUAUCAGGGUAUUUAUAUUUUUCACAGGGUCUUCAAUAAUUUACACUAAUGGCCAUAUUGUCAUAGAGUCGACAUAGUUCGAUCAACAUGAAGGAUUAAACAAUGUGAUAUUGAUUAAAGAAAUGAUCACUGUUUUCGGUUAAUCUCAACAAUUAGUACUCAUCACCGUACUUUAGUUUGUAACUAGGUCUUUCAGUUUUCGUACCGAGCGCCUAGAUAUUAGAAGAUUGAGUACCCAUUUAAAGGUUUAUAUUGACGGUAUUACUCAACGGCACUGAUGACUACUGUUUCUCUCAUUAUUUUUUAACUUCAUCAGUCACAACUUCUCAAUGAUACCUCGUGAUAACCGUCACGUGAUAUUUCAGAUUGAUCGAAGUUGUAAUUGCAUCACUGAACAAUGACCCUGUGACUUUAAUGGUUAGGUGUUUGGUGCUAGACCACCGAUCUUGGGUCCGAUCUCCGGUUGCGUCGUGAUUUUGAACUGCUGUGAUUUAUACAACCUACAUAUCAAAUCAAUUUCCACAAUGCCUAGUAGCAAGAUUUACAUACUUAUGUCUAUAUUUCGUUGCCAAUUCAACCUAAUUCCCAAUGGUAUAAAAUAUUCAUAGACGACUCAAACAGUGCGACUAUUAAACAACAAUAUGAAAGAAUGAAUCUGAUUUAGCAAGCAAACAUGUUUACUGUAAGGUCAUUUGUAAAAUAGAAAUGAGUUGUCAACCAUUGAACCAUUUCAAUUUGAAUAAAGAUGAAUGGUGGUUAAUAGUAGAAUACAGGAUGCACGUUUCCUUCUAUUUGGGACUCGUUUGAUAGAUGUACCUACCUCUCAGAGUUGAUGUUCACUCCAGGACUCCAACCCAGUACCGUUUGCUUCAAUCACCAUCGCGUUAUCCAUUUCAAUUUGAGUUCAGAUGAAAACAUGAUAAAAAUGUACAUGUUAACUGUAAACAAGUACUUUCAUUAUUUCAAGUUCAUUUUCAUAAUCAUUUCUCUUUCGUUAGAAUCUCCACUAGUAACCAUUCAUAUUCCCAUACAAAAUUGAACGAGGUACAUUUACUUAUUGGCAAUGAGUAAGAUUAUAUUUGAGCUAACUGAAACAACUUUUCCUGGGGACAUUAAAUAAUGAUCAAUAGACGUAAGUAAGUAUGUAAUGACAGAAUUAUAGAAAAUAUCGGAACGUAAGACAGAAAUCCAAGUUGGAAUCAAUGAUGACUAAAAUUAGCGUGUUUGUUAACGUACCGUUUGUAGGUGAACUAGGGAUACUUUUCGAAUAUGAAGGUCAGGUUUUAACAAUCUGAUUGUUAUGGCUUUCGUAAAAUCUCAAAGAGUAAUACACAUCUUUAAUCAUAUUCGGUAAGGUGACUGGAAGUAGUCGAUAGAAAAUUUUGCAACUAAGUCUCAUGUCAAUUAUCACUCGUUUAUAAGGCUUAAUUACAUUGUUAAGAAGACUAAUGUUCCAUCUGGUAUUCAACCAAUCUCCUCUUCACUUCUAUAAUCUGAAACAUUGAAUUAUGUUAUUUGGAAAUGAACUAACCUCUUGUAGGUCUGUAUUACUUACAAUUAAUUACUUACUUAAUUACGCCUGUUAUUCCCAAUGGAGCAUAGGCCGCCGACCAGCAUUCUACAACCCACUAUGUCCUGGGCCUUCUUUUCUAGUUCCAUCCAAUUCUUGUUCAUUUUUCUCAUGUCUAUCUCCAUUUCUCGCCAUAAUGUGUUCUUUGGUGUUCCUCUUUUCCUUUGGCCUUGAAGAUUCCAUGUGAGGGCUUGUCUUGUGACGCAGUUGAGUGCUUCUCUCAAUGUGUGUCCCAUCCACUUCCAGUGCUUCUUCCUAAUUUCUUCCUCCGCUGGUAUCUGGUUUGUUCUUUCCCAGAGUUGGUUGUUGCUGAUAGUGUCCGGUCAACGGAUCCGAAGUAUUUCCCGUAGAGAACUGUUAAUAAACACUUGUAUCUUCUAGAUGAUGGCUUUCGUGGUUGUCCAAAUUUUUGCCCCAUACAGUAGAACUCCGCCUGGAGUACCUCCGGGGGCUACUGCCAGUACCAAGUCCGGAUAAAGGAGGAGGGUUGAGAAUGGGGUUAGCGACCCCAUCCCGUAGAAAACUAACUCGCUAAGAAAACGCUUACCAGAAAAAAAUUAUUCAACUUACAAUUAAUUGAUCAUUGAAUAAUGACCAAUAUCAUAUUUAUCUGGUUCUUUAAUAAUGAUCGAUUGUUUACCGAUUAAAUUGAAAUGUGGCCAUUACUUUUAACAACUUAACAUUAUACGAAUCAUGUUGAACUGUUAAAUAAGGCUUCAUAUUAAAUUUCACCAUCAUAUAUUCAAUAAAAGGAAACAAUAAUCUAGUUUGAUUUGAACAAUGAUUCUAUAAAACUGAUCAGUUCCCUACACUAUGGAUUAACUCAAACACAGAAUAGCUAUUACUCUAUAACUUUCAUAUUGAGACGAAAAUGGUUGAACAGGCUGAAAUGAUCUAUUUCAAUUAUAUAUGCAUAUAUAUAUAUUUCCCACAAAAAUGUUGUUUUUACUCUAAUAUUCAUAGUAUAGGCGUGUCCUUGGAUGUUGUACUAGAAUAGUGAAUAAACGUCCAGGUCUAGUUGCGAGAGGGAAAAAAAAAUUAUAUCCAGACAGUCCUUGAGACAAUAUCACAUGUUUGGCUUCUAUCCUACUAUAAAAGUUUAUAUGGUAAAUCAAUACAAUUACAAUGAAUUGUCAUAGGAUACAUAGAUGUGUAUAUGUAUGUAUAUGAAGGAAUAAUUUCUUUAGUUGACCAAAAAAAGAAAAGAAACAUUUCAUCAACUGAUCUACAGAAGAUAGGUAUAUGUACUCUGGUUAAAGAUCUACUUCACAGAUUGAUUGAUAUAUGUUACAUCAUUUGUGAUAGUUGAAUAAAACUGUAUGCUUGUCCUUGCACAUAUUGAUUGUUAUCGAUCUCUUAAACUGUUGCAAAUCAUGUAAUUAAGUUAUGAUUGUUUAUAGAAACUAAAUGAUUAUUAAAGGUCUUUUGAAGAUUGUUCAUUUUGACAGUAAUUUAAAUCAUGGACUGAAUUUAAAUGGGGGGGGGAAAAUUAUAUUUGAAACCAGAAAGUACUAGAUACAGCUGUUUUGUUCUAGUAUAAGAUUCAUCAGCAUUUUCGAUUCACAACCUAUUCAAGUAUCGAUUUUAUGAUCUUAUGCUAAGUCCAUUACACCUGAAGGUUACCAAUUUGAACUAUGGAGGUGUCGUAGGUGUACAGUACUGACUAGUUAUAAAUUAUGACGAAACAGCUUACGAAUGCUGCCUGGUUUUUUGAAUGAAUGUACAAAUGAAGUUAUUCCACAAUGCAAAUUAUGUUUAAAGGUUAAAUUAUAAACACAAUACCCUUAAAUUGUUGGAUAACAUAAGAUACAAUAACUGACAAAAAGUAAAAGCAAACGGAACGGGAAAAAAAGAUGCUUAAAUAACUCACAAGUGUAAGGAGAUGUAUGUUAUAGAAAUCACUCACCAAUCAAUAGAAACAAAAUACAACAACCUAAUCAUCAAGUAAGUACUUCAGUGACUUAUUGUUAUAACUUGUAACCACCGAUUAGAGAGCAGUAACUUAUCGAUCGGAACAAUGACGCGUAAACCCGUAUGAGUAGUCUAGAUUCCUGAUUGGUCCUGCUUUCCGCCUAGCCCAGCCAGUUAAGUCCAGAACACAAGUCUCAGCCUCUGCGAUAUGAAUCCUUUAUUUCAAACAUACUGAGUUUAUAUACCAAUCAAACAGACCAGAACGUACCAACAAAAUAUAAAACAACAUUUGUACAAGAAUUAGCCAUAUGUGGCUGUGAAUGAGGGAGGUAGUGAUAUACUGGGUAUAACUCAAGAAUGGUAAAACGUAUAAUAAUAGCUUAUGGGUCAAAAUAAAGCUUACAAUAAGAGGUAUAUGAAUAUGCAUAGUUUAAGAUUAGGUGGUGGUUGGAGGUAGUCGACAGGACUGUGAAGCCGAGUGACACGAGGUCGAAUCCCCCAGGGAGCACCAGUUCCCUCAAGAUUACAUGUACACCUUGCUGACGAGUGCCAAGUAGCACGAAACCCGGGUCCAGGGAUUCCUGUCGACUAUCUCCAACCAACAUCUAAUCUCCAUAUAUACUGCCCGCAGUGUCGAGUCACCUAGACUGGUGGCCACAUUGUAACAUGAUGGAUAGCAUUCGAUUUGCACUAAUAAGGACUAGACACGCAUGACAUUGAUCGCUACCCAGUGAUCAAUCAAUUGUGAUAUGCAUAGUUUAGUUACUCAAUAAUUAUACAAUAAAAAUAUACGUUUAGUAUUGGUCCAUCAAUAGAUUCCAAAAGUUACCAUUCAUUAUUCUUGCCGGGACAUAACACUUAUGAAAAAGACGAAGUAUAUGAGUGUGUGUAGGGGGGGUAUGUCAACUAAAAAUAAAGGUCGACACGUUGUUAACUUCUAAAAUGGUAACUUCUAUUUAUUUCGAAAACUAUCAUUAAAAUAUUGGCAAUGAUAAUCAGUUUGUUACUAAUUUAUAUUUACGUUUAUAUGUAAUGGAUACUAAUGGAUUAUUGAUUAAUCAAUUCCAAUAUGAAAAAUAGACAAACUAAAUACUGAUAUUUAAUUGGUUUAAAUAACUUGUCAUUAAAAUUACCAUCUAUUUUAUUAGAUAGAUACAACAGAAGAGGCCUAUAAGAUGACAAAAUCUAAGAAUAAAAAAUCAUUGUAAUCACAAUUGAUUGAUCACUGGGUGAUGACCAAUGUCAUGUGUGUCAAGUCCUUAUAAUCAAUUGCGAUUACAUCUCAGUCCUACAGGAGGUUUGUCGCGGCCCGGAUAGUUCAGUGAUAACGUGUCUGACUGUGAAGCUAGAUGACACGGGAUCGAGUCCGUCAGGGAGCACCAGUCUUCUCAAGAUUACAGGUACACCUUGCUGAUGAGUGCCAAGUAGCAUGAAAUCCGGGUCGAGGGUUUCCUAUCGACUACCUCCAACCACCAUAUAAAAACCAAUUGUAUAUGUAAAAUUUUUGUUAAUUUCUAUGUAUCCUCAGAGGAAUUUAAAAAUAAGGGUAACAUAAAUUGCCAAAGUGAAUGAAUAUUGUAUAUUGAUGGAAUAUCGUUCUCUGAGCUAGGUGAUUUGGUUGUGGAGCUUUCAUCAUUCUUCUGAACGACACCAUCAACACAAACUUCAGGUAGAAAAGAAGUGUUCGAAUUUGAGUGUUCAAGAAAUUCGAACACUGAUAAUGUCGUCCAGAAGAAUAAUGAAAGUUUCACGACUAAACCAUUCAGCUCAGAGAACAAAACCCCAUCAAAAUCAUUCACCUGAGCUACAGAUCUUCUCCACCAUCUCAGGUCUAGAAAUGGGAACUGAUUGAAAAUCUAUUAUCUUAUCGGACUUUAAAUAUCUGUAAGAUAUUUUAAGCAUAACACUACUUUGUGACGUAUUUUGUUUGUAGUUUUCUUACAAUUUUGUUGAUCAGAAUGAUUUAUUGAUUGUUGUUCUGUGCUGAACAAUGUAGUUUGCAUUCUCAAUACUUGCCUACUUACUUACUUACUUACGCCUGUUAUUCCCAAUGGAGCAUAGGCCGCCGACCAGCAUUCUACAACCCACUCUGUCCCACUUUGCCUUCCUUUCUAGUUCUAUACAAUCGUUGUUCACUCAAAUCAUUCCCGUCUCCAUUUCUCGGAGUAUUGUGUUCAAUGGUCUUCCUCUUCUCCUCAUUUGGCCUUGAGGAUUCCAUGUGAGUGCUUGCCUUGUAACACAUUUAGGUGCUUUCCUCAAUGUGUGUCCUAUUCACUUCCAGCACUUCUUUCUGAUUUCUUGCUCCACUGGAAUCUCAUUUGUUCUCUCUCAUAGUAGGUUGUUGCUGACAGUGUCUGGUCAAUGGAUCUCAAGUAUUUUGUGUAGACAACUGCUAAUAAACACUUGUAUCUUCUGGAUGAUGGCUUUCGUGGUUGUCUAAGUUUCCACCACAUACUGUAGAACUGUAGAACUGACAUUUGUAUUGAAAAUUCUCACUUUAGUGUUGGUUGACAAUUAUUUUUGACUCCAGAUGUUCUGCAGUUGUAGAUGUGCUGCUCUUGUUCUGCCGAUCCGCGCCUUCAUAUCUGUAUCUGAUCCACCGUGUUCAUCAAUGAUGCUGCCCAGAUAUGUGAAGGUUUUUAUAUCCUCCAAAGCUUCAUCGUCAAGUGUGAUUCGAUUGGUGUAUGGUGUGCACUCUCAGUGACGUUUAGUUAGACAUUUGUUACUCGUCCUUUCAUACUGAUAGAUUCAUAAUGCAGUGGUUGAGGGAGAUCAAUUCAAAUGGAAACAAUCAAUUUGAAACAACUGGACCAAUAUAGAAAAAAUCCAAAAUACCGGUAAGAGCUUCACUCCAAGGUUAGUUAAUAUGAAGAAAGUUAGGUAUAUUUAUAGAGUUAUAUAUGACCUUCGGUUUCUAGGAAUUUCUGGAAACAUGAUAAAUUUAGUAGCGGUAUAAUCAAAUAUCCAUUAGAUGACGUGAUCCAAGAUUCUUAAUUUUUCAGACGUUUCUGAAAGGCUACUAAUCAACGCUGAUUGGACAAAACAUAUUCUGGCGUUUGACAGGCAUCAAGAGAUUUUGACAGAAUAUUUUUGAACUCCCCAACGGAUUCUUAGAUUUCUUCGAAAAAAUUUCGGAAAGUAUGAUUAGACAGACAUAAGAAGAAUGAACAACAAUUGGAUAGAACUAGAAAGGAAGAUCCAUGACAGAGUGGGCUGAAGAAUACUGGUAAGCAGUCUAUGCUCCAUUGGGAGUAACAAGCGUAAUUAAGUAAGUAAUGAUUAGAUAAAGUAAUCUGACAGUUUAGUGAACGGAUUUAAUGAACUAUACUUAUCAAACCAGUUCAUCUCAGUAAAACGCUUUUCUUGAAGAAUGUUCAACUCACAAGAACUCAACGAAUUUAGUAUGAAAUCUAUUCAUGGAAAAUUUACGUAAAAUGGAUUGUUGACAAAUAUCGUAGGUUUGUAUAAAUUAACGAAAAAAAGGGAACUAAUCCAUUCCUUUACAUCACUGUAUUUAAACAUACACACUAAAGACACUAUAAUAGAAGAGGAGGUUUAGUUAAUUAAAGCCAAUUUUAUUAACGAUUGCAGUCUAUUAUGAUAUAAUAAAGGAAAGACUAUAUGUAUCUGACAUCAUUAGAAGAUUUUAAGGAAAGUAAUCGUCAAAGUUAAAUGUGAAAUUGCUAAUGAAGUUCCCAGAACAAAUCAUUUUUGCAGGUCUCUAUAGAAAACACCCCAUGGAAUCUCACUACGAUUAUUCCAAAUUAGUUUCUCAUUGAUAUGCCUAAAGUAUAAACUACAAAGAUUGACCAACUCUUACUUACAUCUGUUACCCCUCGUGGAGGAGCACAGGCCGACCACCAGCAUUCUCCAUCCAAAUCUAUCCAGGACAAUUCUUUCCAGUUGUUAACUAGAAUAAACAAUUUGACCGACUCACUGUAUAUAUAUAUUUUUCAUCUUCACCUCCACAAAUCGUUCAACCUGAAACCUAUCUCGGGCAUAGAUUGAUAGCAAAGAUGUGUACUUGAUCAUAAUCAUUUCAAGUUGGUUUUAUCACUUGACAUUAUUGAUAAGAUGUGACCUAAUUCAUUCAAAAAUGUGUUUCCGUCUAUGUUUGAUAGGUCCUAGGUUCGAAUCUCGCGGGGCGGGAUUGUGGGUACGCACUGCUGAGGAGUCCCACAACAGGACGAAACAGCCGUUCAUUGCUUCCAGAUUUUCCAUGGUGGUCUAGCUUCAAUUGACUCAAAACCCUUUCUGAUUUAUUUGUAUUACUGAGGAUUUAACUACAUGUAUUCUUAAUCCAGAUCAGACCUUAAAAUCAUUUUUCCUGACAUAGAGUGAAGUCCAUUUGCAAUCCCACAUUGUUUUCCACUUCCCAUUUUUGGUCAUCUGUCCUUAGUCAUCUUUAAAUCACACAUACAAUUUUACCAUAUUUGAUGUUCUAAACAAAAUUAGAUUUGCUGAUUUAUUUACCAGACUACUUAAUUAAAUAUUAAAGUAGAAUAAAUCGUUUCCAGAAAAUGUAUUGUGAAAACACUAAAUAUCGAUCGAAAACUACUGAAUCAUUGGUACACAAAUUAGAAACUUUUUAAAAUGGUUCAAUGCAACUUAAUCCACUCAGCUUUUGCACCAUUUAGUUUGUAGCAUUUAUCACUAACAUAAAUAAUAUGGAAAAGUAAUGUGAUUUGGUUUCGAAAAAAAAGUUGAGGGAAUUAUAGAUUGAUUGAAGUUAGACAUUAACACUGUUGGAUGCCAGUCGGCUCAGUGGUUUAGAGGUUAAGCACUCACGCGCGAGAAUGAUAGGUCCUGGGCUCGAAUCUGAAGAAGUGGGAUCGUGAAUACACACUGCCGAGGAGUCCCACAAUAGGAUGAAACAGCCAUUCAGUGCUUCCAGGUUUUCCGUGGUGGUCCAACCUCAAUCGAUUCAUGAAUUAGCAUGAAAAUUGUUCGAAAAUGGACUUAUUACAUUAUUGGUUAAGGCAAAUACGUGAUAUUAUUGAUCAGAUAUGAUUGUAGGACUUGGCCAAUUGAUCAAAGGCUGAUAACUUGCAGGGGGUUUGUGUAGAUUAUUGAAUUUCAUAAUUCGCUUAAGGAACUGAUGUUACUUAAUCGUUUAUGUAAGAAGGCACUGCAAGGACCACAAGUGAUUAUUUAAAUUAAUCUAGACACCUGAAAACAUGCAUUAAGACAUUAAGGACUAUUCAGCUAUUGGAAAUCAGACUUUCUAUAUGGUCUUAUCCUAAUGCGUUAGCCCACAAAUGCCCUGGUACGGCCGAGAGUGGGGGAGAGUCCUCUCUCAUUCUCCAAAUGCUCUCGCAUGACCACGAGUAUAUAGCCUCUGCCAGGAAAGUCCCACUCACUACCUUCUCGUGACACUACUGUUGUUUACGAAAUUGAGAGGAUGAAAAGCGAAUGUUCGGCGCUUUAACCGGGUUGGUGGACACGGAGAGUCCAAUUAGGGGAGUUGGAAAACCCUGAUUCCAAACCAAUGCUUCACAUGGGCUCCAGUAUCCUGAAGGAAUAAGUAACGUAUAAACCAAUCGUUGGUCACUGGCUACUGUGGGAUUGCAUUUCCUUACGUUUCUCCACUGCCUUGUGGAUCAGACCUUCAGGUCGAAGGCUCCGGGUGUGGCCCCCUAAGAAAACCAGCUACUUCGGCUUGGGCACCCGGGGAGUAUCACAGCCCUCACACAUAUCAAAUGAGAUUAGUGUGGCGCAUAUGUAUUUGGUGCCUCUCUGUACCAAUAUCUAUGUGUUAAAAUAAUUAAAUAUUAGAAAUCAAACUUCCUAUAUGGUCUUAUCCUAAUGUGUUAGUCAAAAGUUAAUGAAUAAAUACAGUGACUGAAUCGGAUGGUAGACCAUAAGACGUGAGAAAAAUUUCCACACAUUAUUCUCAAUUCCAAUAAGUUGAUUAUAUAAUGAAAGAAAUCGACUACUUUAGUUAUUUAUGCGGAAUUAGAAUAUGAGAAGAUUAGUCUUUUCUUAGUUAAAGCUUUGGAAUGUGUAUCGUACUUUGAGAAUCAAAUUAAAAGGUAUUCGUAAGUAGCUGAUAAUGAUUUUCUUAGCUAAAUAGACUGUCGUAAUCGAAUAAGAUUAGAUUAUGGAUAUGUUGCAGUGUGGUGUGUGCUACUUAUAUUGAUAUAAGUAGUAUAUGACGCGAGUCAGGUAUGUAAUAUCUGACAGCAAAAGAUUGGGAAGAUGAAGAAAGUAAGAACGGGAAUAGAAGGCAAUUAGUAUAGAAAUGAAGUCCGAGACAAUUACUGAACAUUUUGCAAAUUAGGUAUUAUAGUAUGGUUUUUCUAUUUUACCAAGUAACUCUGUGAUGUGCUGAGUAAGGUCCAGUUGUCCUCACCUGUGUUCUCCUUCACUGCACCAGGAUAUGACUGUUAAGUAACUAGAUUAUGUACAUUUAUAUUUCGUUCACCAUAAGCUUUCAAUUGAUCUAUUGACUAUUAUUACAUGGUUUACUAUUCUCAAGUUAUUUCUAAUCAAUUAGUUACAUUCUCUUACACUCACAGUCACUUUUGGACUGAUCUUGUAUACUUGUUAUUUUUUAUAUUUUAUAGUAUAAUGCGAUCUGGUUUGCUUGUAUGUAAAGUACUUAUAUCUGAAAUAUAUGAUUUAUACAUUAGAGGCUGAGAUUGCUUUCUGGACUCAAUUGGGUAGAGCUAGGCAAGAAGGGCCAAUAAGGAUUCAGAGUUGACAAAAGGCUUCUAGUGCUGUUUUGACGUGUCAUUUGUUUAGCACAAGAAUAAGGUAUUUGGAUUGAUGAUAAUUAUUUAACAUGAUAAAAGUCAUAACACAGAUUAAGUUUUAAAAAUGAACAAAAGUUGACUGAAGUAAUAGAAUUGACCAUAUAUAGAUGUAAAGUAGUGAUUGGAGAUCACCAAUGGAAAAUCCAGAAUCCGGGUUUCAUGAUAUAUGACAUUCGUUAGCAAUCUUAAAGGAAUUGAUACUCUCUGGUAGAUUAGAUCCUAUGUCACUUGAUUUCGCAGUCAGAGACGUUAUCUCUGAGCUGUUUUGAGCUGCUAAUGACCUCUUGUAGAACUGAGAUAUAUUUACAAUUAACUGUCUACUUGGUAGUGACUACUCAAUUAUAGAGUAACUAUGUAUAAUUAGGUAUACCACAUAAUGAAAGUUGACUGAUUAAAAAAAAUUAUCAUUGAUUAAGUUAGUCAACCAUUUACAUACGGAAAAUGUUCAAUUUAUAAUGUGGCCUACACACAUUCAUUUUCAUAAUGAGAAUGAUUUAUAUUCUUAUGUCUUACUACUAUUAAAAUUUGUAGGGAAUUGAAAUAGUUGAUUCAAUGGUCUUGUAUAGUUAUGGAUCUGAUUGUAUUGACUGAGAUGUAUAUACAUGUUGAUGUGAACAGAGAAACAAGAAGCCUUGAUAAACUAUGAAAGCUAUUCUUCAGGACGUUAUUGCAGUUAAUUCAAAGCUUGUAAAACAGUAACAUUUAUUUUUGUCCAUAGUCUAUUCUACAGAACAUGAGCUUUCGUUCGGUGUGUCAUUCAUUGCCAUAUCCCUUUCUGUUCCAAAGCCACUGUAAUUUAAACAUAAUAUUUUGCACCCUAUUUUCUACACUAAUCCCCAGUUUUGAACAUGAUUGUAUUUUCCUAAUUAUUGUACGUUGUGGUCGGGUUAGUCAUCUAUUUAUUCAUGUAUCUUUUUACAUUAAUCUGAAAUCGGGAAAUUGGGAAUAGAUCGAGUAGUAUUCCGGUUGUCAUGUCUUCUGUCACUCGCGUGUUUGUCAGCCAACCAGGUGACAGGAUAGUUUUCUUCUUUCUACCUCACUUGGAACUCACGCGUACUAGCCUCAAGGUUAAGAUGGUCAGCCUAUCUCGUCAAGGUCUUAAUCUAGAUUAGACAAGUUAUCCUCAACAUCAAAAGUGGGUAGACAGAUUAAGGACGUAAUAUGAUGGUCUAAAUACUCAAAUAGAUAUAUCAGUUCAACGAAGGGAUCUCUCUUUUUUCAACAAAUUUAUUAUCAAGCUGUACAAAUGUUAAAGUUCUACUUCCAUAAGAAAAUAUGAACAAGGAAUAAUCAAGAUGACAUAAUAGGAAGAUUACAGUACCAGAUUACGCAAUAUGAAUAAUAACAAUAGACGAAAUAAGUUAUUAAGGAAUUAUAACGUGAAUGUAAUGAGAUGAUUAAAGUGCUUCUGUUACAAUAGAGGUGUAAUGAAUAAGUAAAGUGAUAUCAUGAGCACUUAUGAAUAAGACAAUGAGAAUGUGACACAUCAGUAAAGGGGGAAGUGUAGUAAUAAUAAUAAUAUUAAUUAAGACCAAAGUAACAAUAACGAUAAGACGUACUCCUUUUGUACUCAUAGUUCUAGUUUGAGCUCAUGGAUGGUAAGAGUUUCGGUUAUUUUGAGGAGUUGGAUACGAAGAAAUCUAGGUAGAUUUGAAUGAAUCAUAUAUACAACCUUAAAAUCAAACUGUGGAUCCGUAGAAUGACUACAGUUGAUUCGGUAUUCAAGUAUAGAACUCUUAACUGCUUUCCUCUCGCCCUUGUAGAACCAAACUAGGACAUGUUCCCGUAUCCUAGUUGAAAGCAAGCUCUGGCUCAGCGAGUGAACAAGAAAUAGAUAUUAUUCUAUUGAAAUUGUACUAAACCUACGCCUUGAAUUAUUUUGAACUAAGGCUCUCAAACUGUUAAGAUAAAAUUAAGUGAAAAUAUUAAAUGGUGGUUGGAGGUAGUCGACAGGAAUCCCUGGACCCGGGUUUCGUGCUACUUGGCACUCGUCAGCAAGGUGUACCUGUAAUCUUGAGGGAACUGGUGCUCCAUGGUGGACUUGAUCCCGUGCCACCCAGCUUCUCAGUCAGAGACCUUACCACUAAGCUAUCCAUGCCGCGACCAACCUCCUUUCUUCUGAAGACAUUUACAAUGAAGUUCAUCAUAAUACUACUGAUUAUGUUACAUAUAUUAUCAUAUAAUGUCCAUUCAAAUAAAACAUUGAAAUUCAAUGAAUUAUGGAAGAAAUGGAAAUCUAUUUAUGAUAAACAAUACAAUGAUCCAAAUGAAGAAUUGAUUCGACAAAGAAUUUGGAAUAAGAAUCUAAUCAAAAUUCAAUUGCAUAAUUUACGUUAUGAUUUAGGCUUUGAAACAUAUUCUAUUGGUUUAAGUCGAUUUACCGAUGUUGAAUGGAAUGAAUUUUGUUCAAUGUAUAAAGUUGACAAGAGAUUAAUCAUUCCUGAAUCAUCUUUUAUUGAAGAAGAUUAUGAUGUGAAUAAUGUUGGUUGGACACCGGAUUCAUAUGAUUGGCGUCAUUUGAAUGUUGUGAAUGAACCAAGAGAUGAAGGUUCAUGCAUUGGUUCGUAUGCAUUUGCUGUAACAGCUGUAACUGAAUCUCAAUAUGCUUUACGUACAUCUAAUCGAAAAAAGUUUUCCGUACAACAGUUUAUUGAUUGUACACGUAUAUAUGGUAAUAUGGGAUGUCAUGGUGGCUACACAUUUACAUUAUUUAUUUAUUUACAAAAUUUUGGAUUAGAAACAGAAGAGAAUUAUCCUUUUACGGGUGAGGAUCAAGAUUGUCUAGCAAAUAGUUCAGAUGUGAUUGUUCAAUCGAUUGGUUAUAAAUUUCAUCGACAUGGUUAUGAAACAAUUUUGAAAUGGGCACUGUACAAUGAAGGUCCAUAUGUAAUUUCCAUGAAUAUUGAUGAAAAGUUUUUACAUUAUAAGUCAGGAAUAUAUCAAUCUGAUACAUGUACACAUUAUAAUUUAAAUCAAAGUAUGUUACUUGUUGGUUACGGUUAUGAUAAUGAUGGUAACGAUUACUGGAUAUUGCAAAAUAAUUGGGGGACAAAUUGGGGUGAACAAGGUUACGUGAAAGUACUUCGUAACAAUUGGAAUAUGUGUGGAAUUGCUUCAAUGGCAUUUCGACCAAUAUUACGAGGUUUUUAACUGUCCCGUACAUUUUUAACAUUUCAACUUAUGUUACUUUAAUGACUAAUUAAGUAGUCAAAACUUUCAACAAAUAUUUUGAACUGUAAAUUAUAAAACCACUGAAACAUGUUCAUUGAUUUAAUAUUUUCUCAACUACUAAACAGAAACAACAUGAGGAUGAUGUUGACGAUGCAUUUAAAAUAGAUGAAAGCUUUUAUUGUUAGCUACCAUUUGAGGCCAUCAGGGUAAAUGUUCUUAAGUUGAUAAUAUUGUAGUCUUUCUUAAUAAAUUUUGCUUGUAGGAGUUUGUAUUUUAUCGUUGUCACUGUUAAGGAUUGUAGUUUGUCAGUCACUUUUUUCAUACACACAUUCGGAGGGAAUUAUCUCUCUGUAACCAGCUAGCCACAAGUAUUUUGAUAAUGUUGGACAGUGGCUAGAAGUGGGAGCCACGGCUCACGAUUCAUUUGAUAAGCUUCACCUCGACGUGUCUGCAUCCCACUAAUGAUGUUCACAUGGAGACUCUAUCCCAGUACCUUUAACUAAGAACGCCAUAAAUUAUAUCCACCGAGCAAACGUCCUAACUUUUGUGGUUAAUAUCAGUGAUCGAUGUUUAGUUAGUCGACCAAUGUACAUUUAGGAAGCACUAGAAAGCUAUUUCAUUUUAGAAUAGAACUUUUCAGCUCCCAAUACACUCGAAACCUUGGAGGGAUUGAACUCAACACCUACCAGAACUGGUUGAAAACACUUUACCUUAUAAUUAAUUUAUUGAUUAUUUAAUGAAAAUAAGGUGGAUUCGAGGGGGAGAAUUUACUUCUCAACAAGAUCAUUUACUUAAGUUGCACAUGCACAUCUACAGUUGUUUGGCAAAUAUAUAGGUCUGGAGAAGGAUAGAAAAGAUUGCAUCAUAAAGCGAUUCAGAACUUUAAAUAUCAAAUAUGGUGAAAUAAUAAUCACGGAGUCAGAGAAGAAUAGGUGAAUGAAGAUAAUUUAUGGGUCAGAAUUAUGAAAGAUAAAUGUCCGCUUGAUAGAUAUGAAGAAUCAAUGUAAAACACAAUGGUCACUAUAGUAACUGAAUGAUGAGCAUGAUGAUUGUUAAAGGUUAAUAAUCGCUGAUUGCAGUUUAUCAUUUAAAGACGAUUAAUAAAACAAAACAAGACCAAAGCAUACUAAAAAAGGGAAUUAGGGCAAAGGAAUGAUGAGAGGCUUGACAUAUUGUUUUAACUCGCAGAGUUCGGAC